UUGAAGUGGAGAUCAAGCGACCGACACAAAGGGGCGUCAGUUGACAGAAGAGGCUAUCCCUUUGCCCCUGCCUUGUGUAGCUCCACCGCCUGCAAAAUUAGCUACAUUGGAUAGCUUGCGUGCUUUUGUCGCCUCACAAUGUCCAUUACAAUUGACAUUCAGCUGAAUAGAUCCAGCAAAAUUUAUCAUCCAGGGGAGACAGUGAGUGGAGUGGUGGUGGUGGACAGUCGCUCAGACACAAGACACGAUGGCAUUACACUCACAAUGGAUGGAAUGGUGAGCAUCCAACUUUCACCCAGGAGUGCUGGGCUGCUUGAGUCCAUCGUCAGUUCCUCAAAGCCAAUCCCUCUGCUCAGCCAUUCUGUUGCAAUUGCAAAGUCUGGGAAGUUGCCAGCAGGACAAACAGAGAUUCCCUUUGAGUUGCCUCUGGUGCCACGCUCUACCUCCAAGACACUUUAUGAAACAUACCAUGGCAUCUACAUCACUGUGCACUACUGUCUGCACUGUGACCUCAAGCGCAGCCUCUUAGCCAAGGACGUCAAUAAAUCACAAGAAUUUAUUGUAGAAUAUAAGACUGGUGCUGGAGGAAAAGAUCAAAUGGAAGCAGUUAACUUUGAAAUUCGACCAGAGACUCUGCAGAAUGUUCGGGAUCGGGCACGCAUUCCUCGCUUCCUGGUGCAGGGCCACCUGGACUCGGUCAACUGCCCACUUUCAAAACCUUUGACAGGAGAACUGACUGUGUGUGAGUGUGAGCGAGGCAUCAGCAGCAUUGAGCUCCAGCUGGUUAGAGUAGAGACCUGCGGCUCCUCUGAGGGACACACAAAAGAAGCAUCAGAAAUUCAGAACAUCCAGAUUGGAGAGGGUGAUGUUUGUCGGGGCAUUGCCAUUCCUGUGUACAUGCUCUUCCCACGCCUCUUCACCUGUGCCACCACCUUGGCUCCUAACUUCAAAAUUGAGUUUGAGCUGAAUAUUGUGAUAAUAUUUGAUAAUGAUCACCUGGUGGUUGAAACUUUCCCCAUCAAACUCACCCGUACCUGAGAAGUGUGAGACAUCACCUUACCAUGACAGCUCACUAGAGAGGAAGUGUGUCACAUCUCCACAACUGUGAAAGCAAUCUUUUUCAGUUGUCUAUUAAAUAUAUAUCACAGAUUAUUUUGAGUAUUUGAGCAAAAGUUAUACUCACACAUAUUCCUUUAUUUGUUUUAUUUGUACACUAUCAAAAGAAUCCUAUGACUCUUCUCUGUUUCAUUAGUAAUUUUUUCUUUUUUUUUUUUCUUUUCACUCUAAUGAUACAUCCAUUGUGACUCAAACAGUAUUUAAAGAUGUGUGAGGAUGGGAUUUGGUCUCAUGGAUUGGAGACUGUUUCCUCAAAGGCUAACAGAUAAUUUAUUAUCAGUUAUUUAAGGCACAGGUUUUGGUUUCCAUUUAUGACAUCAGAAUUAGUAGUUAUAUCACCCACCACUACUUUGUGUGGUGCAUGUGAGCACCUAUCGAGGCAUCACGUGACUGAUUUAUGAGCUGCCAAGCUGUCAGACCAGAGAGGGUCAGGAUAGGCAAGCUGCCCAUCACAGUAUUUUUGAGUAGAGCUUAAAGGUUGUAAUGCUAUUCAUAAUAAAUGUUAGUGUUAUAUAUUACUAAAGAAAUAGGAUUAGGUGUGUGCAGAAUGUGUCCAUGCUUUCCAGAAAGUGGAAGCCAGAUUCUUGGUUCUCCAUACAAGAGAAGGAAUGUUGUGACUGUGCUUAGCUACAAAUCUGUUGCCCUUUAUUCAGGUCCAGACUUAGAAAGAUGGCAUGCAGCUUGACAAACUGUUCAGCCUCUUGCAGAUUUGCUGAUAAAUUGUUUUUGUGGAAAACCUAAGGAAGAAAAACUUUUAACCUGGAUGUUACAUUCAGCUGUGUCCUAAAUUAAGAUGAGAAACACAGUAGAUGUAGGUGGGUUGAGUGGUGCGCAGUGUAGCUUUCAUCCUUAUCUCCACAUUUGAAAACAAUUGGUGAUUCUUGAUAGAAUGAGUAUUUUCUAUGAUUAGUUUUUGUGGGUCAUUAUAAGUAAUUUUUAUGUACUGUAGAGCAGUUGUGCUGCAACAUUUGCUUGAUCAUGUGAUGAAAAUGACAAGUAUAUUCAUUGUAUCUAGCCCAUACAUAUCAUAUCAACCUUACAGUGUAUGUAAGACAUCAUGCACUAUAGGUAUAGUGCUCAGGUCUUAUUUUAACAACUAAGAAAUCAUAGAUUUUGAUUUGUAUAUUAUAAAUUGUGAGAGUGAAUAUAGAGGAGGGAAGUAAGCAUUUACUACUAGUGUUUAUAAAUUUUAUAUUAAUAUUUGAAUAAAUGUAAUUAAGAUAAAAAAGAGAUGCUGGAGUAGUGUGUGUGGAGUAGCAUGUAGGGAUUGAGUGGUAAAGGAGGAAGUGUAAGGGAGAACAGGUGUUAUGUUGGAGAUGGUUGAUGAACUAGAGUGAGGGUGGUACACCAGAAUAGUCUUGUAAAGAGAGUGAAAAAAAAAUAUUAGUGAAAAAGUUAACUAUGUACAUUUAAUUCUAAAGGUAUAAGGCCUAGGUAGUGAACACAAAUGAGAUGUAAGGGCAUUGUGGAGAAUGAUAAAUGUAAGAAAGGUGUCUGUAGAACAAAACUGGUUGUGCUUGAUAUAGAUGAAUGGAGAACAGUUUUGAAUCCUUGGAGAUUCAGCCUUCAGGGGCAGUUCUGCUGUAAUCAGCUGAUUAAUUUGUGGAUAAGAGGAAGAGGAUGAGGCAAGAGUUGAUCAACCUGACUGCCUGUUUUGGUGAUGUGCAAAUGAUCCUCGCAAAAUACUGUACAUAAUGGCAGUGACAGUUAUUUCUCCCUUCCACAGGCCUAAAGACAGACGUGAGGGAACAAGGAAAUCUGUGUGUGUAGGUAGAUGCAAUGUCUUGGUUAUUUCCAUUUUGGAGGCAUGUCAGCCAGAUAUUUAAAUACAUACUUUUCUAAAAGUAACUAUCCUUUUUGGAAGCAAUGAUAUACAUAUUUUCUUUGUAAUAAUGUAGUACAUAUGCUCUUAUUGAUCUGUGAUAUGUUUUUAUUAUCCAUUUCAGUGUUUAAUGACUUAUAAAAUAUAUUAUAUUACUAAA